AUGCCUCACGCCGAGAAAGAUACGGUCAACGGAGACAUGACGACUACGCGACUCACCAACGGCGACAAGCCGCACUCGAAAGUCUUAUCGCACCUCCAAACCUACCCCGUAGUCCACGACGGCCUCGAAUUCUACAAGUCCAACCCCUACGGCGCAAAAUCCCUCUCCCUCCUCCACCAAACCUACAACUCCUUCGUCGCGCCCCUACACCCCUACCUCCAAACGCCCUACUCCUACCUCUCGCCGUACCUCUCGCGCGCCGACGAGCUCGGCGACAGCGGCCUCUCCAAAGUAGACACGCGCUUCCCCAUCGUCAAGGAGGACACUAGCAAGCUCAAGCAGACGGUGUCGGACAUCGUGGGCCUGCCGUUUGCGCUUGCGGGUAAGGGACGGGAGUAUGUAGUGGGGACGUGGCAGGAUGAGUAUAGCAAGACGAGGGGGGACGGCGUGGUGAAGAACGUGAAGGCGCUUAUUAGUACGGAGUUGAAGAUUGGGCUCGAUGGGUAUACCAUGUUGGUGGAGUAUUGGCAGAAGGGGCAUAAGGAGGCGAGCAAGAAGAUCAAUGAGAAGAAGCAGUAG